AUGGUGGUUUGGGUCGUGAAUCUGAAGAAGGCAGGGGUAGUUUUUGCAGGUGGUGAAGGUGGAAUCGGUGGGCUCAUCGAUAGCUUUGGCCGGGGAGGUCCGAGUGGCAUCGGAGGAAUGGUAGGCCAACGGGCUCGGAGAGGUCACCUGCAAGGGUUAAGCGGAGGAGUAAGUGGUAGCUUCAGUGGCAGAAACAAUGAAGGUGGGGGUGGUAUUCAAGGCCUAAGAGCUCUCAGAGGAGGUUCAGGAGAAAUUAGCAGAGGUAUCGGGGGUAGCUUCAGCGGUGGAAGCAACGAAGGUCACGGAGGAAUGGAGGGACCAGAAAUAUUAGGAGGUGGCCUGGCAGGAACAAUUGGUGCAAUCAGUGGAAGGCUUAGUGGCGGGAGCAAUGAGGGGCGUGAAGAAGAGGAAGAUCAGCGAGUUCUCAGAGGUGGUCUGGAAGGUAUCGGUGGAUUGGACGAUGCCUUUGGAGCAAGUGGUGGUGAAUUUGGUACAAGCUCUGGCGGUGGAGACCAAGGAAUCUUCAACAGUGCCUUCGAAGCUGGGCGCGGAUCAUUUGGUGGUAUUGUUGGAGGAGGCAGCGGAGGUACCACUGGUAACACUGGUGGUAGUGGUCUGGGUGCAGCUGGAGGCGAUGAAGGUUAUGGUGGCCAACAGAAAAUGAUGACGCAACAACGAUUCCUUCAAUGGUAA